AUGAAAAACGAGAAGCCUUUUCAGAAGCAGAAAGUCAAUUUUGCAUUGUUUGAUAAAUUUGCAAAUCAACUAGGUUGCAAACAUGCAAUAUGGUCAUACUUUGAGGCCGCACAUGGCAAAAAUGCGGCAGAUGGUACACGCGGAGUACUUAAAAGGACUUUAGAUUUACAUGUGGGUUAUACUAAAGAUGUUCCUGUUGCUUUAAGUGCGUUUAAACUUCUACAAGAGGAGACAACUGUAUCUUUAUAUUACAUAUCAGAUAGAGACAUCAAAAUAAUAAAAGAAUUAAAUCCUGUACAAAAUUUGUGUCCGCUGAUUGGAACAAUGAAUGUUCAUCAUAUCAUAACUACGGAGGAACCUGGGAUAGUUAAGCACAGACACGUUAGCUGUUUCUGUGGCGAAACUCGAGGCACUUGCUCUUCCUUUGACACAAAAACAUAA